AUGUUGAGAUAUUUAGAAAUAAGUGUAUACAUUGAGCAAUUUGAAGUAGAUGAAGAACUAUUUGAAAACGCGUUAAAAAAGUUUUUGAUAUUGCCUCCAAUUUUUUUAACUGAUUUACAAACAUUAAUCGUCGUUUUAAAACUAUUACAUUUUGCAUUGACAAAAAGAGUAUUAAUUAACAAAUUAAAUUGGGUAGCUGAAAUAUUAACAAAAUCUGAAUCUAUGCAUCAUAAUUUGGCGGAUGAUUUUAAAAAAGAUGAAAAAUCAAAACAAUUGUGUAAUCAAUUUUGUAUUGAACUUUAUGAAGUAUAUUGGCUUUGCAUAAAAAACUAUAGCCAUUUUUCAACUUUAAAUUUAACAAAACUGUUAUUUGAUCGAUUGGCAUCUACAAAAAAAGAAAUUGUUUUAUUACAAAUUAAUAUGAAGUGUCUUACUUUAUUAACGGAAAAUCCAAAAAAUAUAGAUAAAGACUUUGUAAAAAUAUAUUUAUCUCAAUUUAUUUCGUUAAAAACAAUACUGAUGAAUAACUUGAAUGAAAAAAGUUUGCAGCGAAGUUAUUUAAUUGUCCUGAACCACAUCCUUCACCAUACAAUUUUAGUACCAAAUAUUUCUGAAGUAUGGUGUAUGUACGACUGGGAAACAUGGACAUGGUCAAUGAUACACAGUACUGAUGUAUUAGUACGCGCUCUAGUCUUUCAAUUUUCAGCUGGCUUGGCAGUUAUUGAUAUUCCAGUAUCACAUAAUUUAAUUCAUCUUGCAUUAAAUUAUUUUUGUGAAUCAAGUUGCUUGGAAAAUUGUGUUGUUGCCGAGCAAGCCGCUUUAUUUUGUUCAAAUCUAUUUUGCUUCCCUAAGUUUAAAAGUUUAUGCCACCAAUGCAUUAUUAAAUUGGAUUUUGAUGCUUUUGUUCAAAUUAUUAAUUUGUGUUCAUAUUACGACUAUACCAAACCUGAAAAAAAACACUUUAUGACAUCUCCAAAACUUGUGUCCAAUAUAUGCUGCAUGUUUUUCAAUAUGUUUACAUUGACAGAAGUAAAUUUAUAUGAACUCGAUCAACAUAGUCAAUUUGUACAAGCACUUUUCAUGUGCUUAAAAAAAUAUUCGACUCCUAUGAGUAUUGAAAACCCUAAUAUCAUGGAGAUGUGUGGUCGUAUAUGUUCCAUUCUUACACUAUUUAUACCUGUUAGCAAUUAUAAUUUUGAAAAUUUAUUAAAUUCUUUAAAUGUUAUCUAUGAAAGGAUUAAUAUUAAUUUGGAUUAUUGUACAACAAUGGUAUGGAGAUCAUUAUUUAGACUGACAACAAUAGUUAUACAGUAUACAAAUUAUAAAACAUUUGUUAUAACAAAUAAUUUAAUAACUGCAUUAAUAACUAGUGUAACUUCCAAAAAUAAAGAUUUAUGUAUUGAAGCAUUAAAUGUAGUUUCUUUAGUAUGUCCACAACUAUCUAAAAAGUUUGCUCAUCGUGUUUGUAACAUUUUAAUUCAUACAUUGCUCUUGGAGUGGCAUCAUAAAUUAAAACGGAAAAUGUUAUUAAUUGCAUUAUCAAACAUAUUUAUUGAACACCCAAUCACAUAUGAAACAGCAAAGCAUGACAAUGACAUAUUACAUUUCAUUAUUUCUAAAUUGAAAAUUAUGCAGCUACAAGUUACUAAACAAUCAAAUCAAAAAUCAAAAAUAUUACAAUCAGAAUAUUUGGAAAUUGUGAAAUUUUGUUGCAAUUUAUUUCAUGGAUGUAAUGAUGCUAGAGAAGAUGCUUCAGCUGAAUUACCAGAUUUAGUUCAUAAACUUUGGCCUAUUGUUGUUGCCAACCCUAAAUCAGAUAUUUUAAUGUGUACACUUCAAAUGCUUGUAUCACUUACAUCUGCAUGUCCUUCUGCAUGCAGUGCAAUGACAAUGACUAGCAGUACACUUGGAAUGGAACCAAAAACAAAAUGUACUUCAUUUUCAUUAUUUCAUGAAGUAAUUACAUUAUCUACUAAUUUUCAUUUAAACGAAGAUAUUUUGAAUAUUACUCUGCUGUUAGUUUUGAACUGUUGCCAAGCUCAAGAAUGUCGUGUAACAAUUACAAAAAGUAAACUAUUGUCUAUCAUUGUGUUGGCUCUUAACCUUAAAGACAAAAAAUGUCCAAUUAAGAUUGAACAACAAUAUUUAAAGUUUUUACUGGUUUUCACAAGUUACAACGAGGGACAAAUACACCUUUUAAAAGUUGAAAAUGUUUUGGAUACUUUAGUAGAUCUCUUAAAAUCAAAUUAUGUAAAUGAUUCUUUAGCCAUAUUGAGAAACUUGUGUUUUAAUGGACAAAACCGUGCAGUUAUUUUGUCAUCAGAUGUGUUUUUAGACGGGAUUAAAACCUUAUUAGAAACUGGAAACCCUACAAACCAAAGUUAUAAAGAUAUUAGCUUAGCCAUAUGGUCAAUUGCUUGCAACAACCAAAAAGCUCGUCUUCAACUAUGUCAUUGGGGUAUAGAUAGGUAUUUUGAGAAAUCAUCUGAUUUGGUAAUAUGUAGUGAUGAAACAAAAAGCAUUAUGAACUGUACAUAUAAAGUUUUAAAAAGCUAA